GUGAAGAUCACAGGGAACGACCGUCCAGACCAUCGCCCGAAGACUUAGAUACGCGAAGGGCAAGUUCAAGAGGAAUCAUACCUCGUGCCAAGAUAAAGACUGUCAAAAUGACUUUUGUGAUAGUUUUCGUUUUUGUGCUUUGUUGGAGUCCAUACAUUGUGUUUGACCUCCUUCAAGUGUACGAGUACAUUCCAAGAACCCAAACGAACGUUGCAAUCGCAACUUUGAUCCAAAGUUUAGCACCGCUUAACAGUGCUGCCAAUCCCGUCAUCUACUGUCUCUUCUCGACACAUAUAUGUCGUCAUAUAAG